GUGGUAUUGCGGAUCGCUUUUGCCCCAGAGAUCUCAUGGGUAAAUACAAAAUAAACUCCAUAGCUUCGAUGCAUUCGUGUCGCGAUCAACAGUCUCAGUUCAAAGUGAACGGUGCGACAGAUCAGUCGCGAUCGCGCGCAAACAGUUGAUCUUUCGGGGAGUUUUUGUUUGUUGCUGAGCAUAAAAGCAUUGAAAAAAUAACAUUGGAAAGAACAGUUUUUCCUAUUGGAAACGAUACUUCAUCACCCAGCAAGCAACUUUGUGGUGUUCCCUACCAAAUACAACGUUAAAAUUUAUAAUAAGUUUCUACAACAUUGUCAAACAAAACUCAAUAUACUUGGGCUUAUUUGUUGGUGAAUUGUUUCCGAAUGGUGAAAAAAAGAAGUUAAUAAGUGAUUGCAAUCAGUUUCAAAAAUUUAUCGUUCAGUGAAAUAUUUUUGAUGUAAUUCACCCAUUGUAUUUACGGAUUUGUCUUUUGACUUUUGGAGUUGUUUUGGGUUGGACAGGACAUUUUGAGAGAUUUAUCUAUCGAAUUAGCAAACUCACACACAGUAUCGAAAAAUCUCCUUCAUUUCUGAUUUGUUCAAAAAAAUAAAUAGAGUUGUGAAACAUUUUAUUUCAUAUGGCAUGUCUAUGUUAGAUUUUGCAAUUGUCACAUCUGGUGAGGGAGUGAGAGAGAGACCUGUGCUGAAGCUUUUGGAGGCAAAAACGAAAAAAAAAUAUUAAAUACAUACAAAAUGUUUAUUUUCAAUUUAAACUUAAAUAAGCAUAACAUGGGUGACACACAAAUUGCCAUCUAAUGCAUCGAUUUAAUGCAAUUGAUUUGCCAUUCCACCCGCUUUACGCGCAAUGAUCUUACCACAUAACAAUUUCAAGCUGGAUGGAUUUGAAUAAGUAUUAGAUAUUCUCAGAAGAGCCAAUUAAUUGUUUAUUCAUCUAGCAAAAUGAUCAUUUCUUUCUUCUCCUUCUUCAUUGUGGAUGUACUUUAGCUAUAUAUAUUAUAUAGCACGAAAUAUCACUUUUAUGAAUACUAAUUUAAAUAUUUGCGGUUACUAUAUACAAUUCUCUUCAGUCGUUAUCGUUCAAUAUUGCGUGGAUAUAAAGUGAGAAGAAGAGCUGAUGAGUCUCUUCGUUUAUUUUUUUUUCCUUCGACUAGAGCUCACAUUUUAUUUGUUAACACUUUAAAAAUCACUCAAGAAAUUGUCAAAUUGAAGAGAUUUUUGAAGAGAUUCUGCAAAAAAUGUUGAAGGAGAAGAAAAAAAAUUCAUUUGAAAUUUAUACAUUUUUUGAGAUAGACAUUUUGUGUAAAAGUUUAUUUAUGCGGCUUGUUGGUUUUCUUUGUGAAAUGACAAGGGCUCUGGAGACCACGCACAACCAAUCCCAUCUCACCCAAGUUCUCUACGAGAUCAAUUUCACUAAAAAUUUGCAUUUUUGUAGUGCAAUAUUAUGCUGCGAGAGUUGUUGUGUAAAAUGUGUGUGAUGUGUGUACGGAUAUUGCAUAUUAUUUACAAAAUACAAUAUUUGGUUAAAAAAUAUACAUUAUGCACAGGGUUAACCGCUGAUUUUGUCGUUUUUGAGAAUUAUUUUUAAUGGUUUAAUCAUUUUAUUUUUUAUAUAAAAGAAUUUUUAUGAGAUUCUAGAAGAAUGAAUCUAUUAUUUUCUUUUAAAAAAAGAAGCAUUUUGAGAUAUGACAAACGAAAUAAUUUUAUUACCAAAAGAUGUUUAUUCAUUUUGAUGCGCUAAAAGAAACAAUCAUAGAUCCGAAAGGUUCAAAAGCUUCAUAAAACGUUAAAGAAAUUUUCCAUUUUCCACAAGAAUCAUCCGAAAAUACUCGAGCUUUAAAUUCAAAAACCACGCCUCCUUUGUAUUUAGUUCCGUAUUUUAGUACAUGAAGCAUAUGCUUUGUAAUCAUGUAAGACUACAGAUUAUCUAAAUUAGGCGGGAGAGAGGCGAAGAUUAAAGCAUAUGCUUCAUUAAUUCAAUAAUGAUUUAUUAAUUAAUUUAACGCAUGGUAAGAAAUUCUUGAACUGUAUAGUUAUCGUUAUCAUCCAUUCAAGCGAUUGCGCAUAUGCUUUAUGCAUAAAAAUAACCAAAGUAAGAUACAAUUAGGGGCGUGGUUUAAGUAUUUUUGAGCUAUAGUUAAUCUGAAAAUACUGAAAAAAAAUUGUUGCUUGGAUUUUCUUGAAUUGUUUUAUGAUAUUCUGGCAACAUUUUCUGUGGCUUUGAUUAUGUAUCUUUUAUUGAUGCUACGCGAGUCUCAAAAUGAAUAAACUCAUUUGAAAAUCAUGUAACAAAUCCAAAAUUCGCUGGAAAUUGAAAAAACCCAAACUAUUCCUAAAGAAUUCUUUUCUAAGAACUCCUUUUGAUUUUAUGAGACAUAAAUUACUGUGAAUAACCCUAUGUUUGCAGACUUUUCUGUCUGAAAAAAAAACUGUGCGUGGUAGACUUUAAAUGUUUAAAGCUUAAAUGAUUAUUAGCUAAUAAGACACACACACCUUCGAGAUUUUAAUGACCUCUUAAUAUUUAACAUAAAUUUCCAAGCACAUAUACUGAACAGUUUUUUUUGGGAGAAGAAAGAGAUGAAGAGAGUGUGAAAAAGGGCUUUACCUAAUUCCUAAAUCGCGCGGCUCAAUGGCUUAAAAAGCCACCAAGAGAAUUUAUUAUGGUUAAUUGAUCACUUGCCGUGUGUGGAAUAGAGUGCAAAAUAUACAUAAUAAAGAGAAUUAUGAGAAGAUUGAAAGAUCGUCUUGAGAAAGAUUUUUAUGAGGACACUUGCAUCAAUUUCCCAUUCAUCCUACACACGAAGCAUAAUACAUAACAAACACACAUAGACAUUUUAUUGCCUCAUUUCAUCCUAUGCAAUUACUCAUUGAUCUCUGACAAAGUAAUUGAGAAAAUAACUCCUAACAUAACUGUCUAAAGACGUGCACGUAAUGAAGCGUCAAAAUUUUCGCACAAAAUUGUUUGUUUGGUGGAUUUAGACGAACCUACCUAUAUAAGAAAAAAAUUGGCUUUUGUUAUUCAAGUUGUUUUGGUGCUGAAACGACGAACCAUAUUUUGCGAAAUUGAAUACAUAAAAUUUAUACUCCAAAUAAAUUCGAAGUAUUGAGUGAGAGAAAAAGGCGAUUCAGUGGAAGUUUUUCUUUUAAAAAAGUACAUGCUAAAAAAACACAUGUUCUGCGACACACUUUAACCAAGGUUAGAUUGCUUGUGUUGUCUUAUACAGAGAAAAAAAAAAAAGAAAAACAUCCACACUCUGGAGAUGCACGAGAGGAGGAUCUUAUAACAUAAAAAAUGGCAUAUUAAUUUUUACCAUCUCUUGCUUCUUCUUUUUCCUUUUUAAUUGUUCAUGCAAAUUGCACAUUGGAGGUGUGUGAGAGUGUGGCUUUUGAGAAUGAGAAUUCACAGCAUAUAAUAAGGUGGUUCUGUGUGGCAUUCAAAAGUGGAGUUAAAGAGAGAGAAAAAUUGAUAAAAGAUGGCAAAAUUAGAUUUUUGCGACAGGUUUCUUACACUCAAAAAAAUCAUUUUGCUUUUUUGUGUAUUCUUUUUGGGAUUCUCAUUCAUUAAAAGAACUUAAGAAACUUCAACAGGGGCGUAAUCAGAGAGGGUUUUUUGGUAUCUAAAAAAUCUCUAAAAGUUCAGAAAGUUCAGGUAAUUCUUGAAAGGGUCAAAUGAAAAUAUUUUCCUAUUUAUAAAUGACAUUAAAAUAAUUUAGAAAGAGAAUUUUCAAAAAAAAAAUAGAAAUAUCAGAAUAAACUAAAUGUUAAAUCUUAUAUGGAAAUGUCAAAAGUCGGAAAAGUUACGUUUAAGAUUUAAAAAAAGAACGUCAAAAGUAAAGAAGUGUCAGACGUUAAAAGUAAUGUUAUAGAUUAGAGAAUUGUCAAACAAACGUCUAACGUUUGUCAAAUGUCAAAGAGCAACAUCAAUCAUUUCAAACGUCAAAUUUUAAAAAUUAUUAAAUGUUGGAAAAUAAAGUCUCAAACGUUAAAAAAGAUCGUUCCUGGGCUUUAAGAAUAUUUCAGAAAGAAGAUUUCUAGACUUAGCUGCUUUCACAGUUUAGUCCUAAAUACAUAGGUAGGUAGGUAGAUCGUAAAGAGCUCAACACUUCAAAUUCACAAAGUUAUGAAAUUUCUUGAAUGUCUUUCUUCUGUUUUUAAUUGCAUACAAAAUAUUCGAGAAACGUUUAAUUUUUCAAUUUCAUUUCAUCGAUAAAUUGCAUUCUUUUCGGUUUAAAAAACAAGGAGAAGACUAAAAAAUAUACAUAUUUGUCAUUUCUUUUCUUUUUCAUUUCUGCUUGUCUUUCUUAACUUUUUUUAUUUUUGCAUUUCAAAGUGAUAAAUAUACCUACCAAACGCCAAAAAAAUGCAAUUCCCAAAAGCACCGUCGUAAAUUUUUAUUGUUUUUCGUAACUAAUGGCAAUAUUAUGUGCAAUAUUUUUGGUACAAUAAUUGAUUAAUCGUUUUUGCUUUAUCUAAAUUAGUUUUGAGAGAAGGAAAAAGAUGCGAAAAUUUUGGACUUUCUCGUGCCAUUAUGUGUUUAUGUGGAUUUUUUUGUUUGAAAUAAAUUAAUCAUUUGAGACUUUGUAAUUUUAGGUGAAUGUGUGUCUAAUUGAAUAUGAAAGAUCACUCAUAGGGUACCUAUUUGUAUAAUAAACAUAAAGUACCUCUUUUGGGUUGAGAGAGGUUGAUCACACUUUAUAAAAUUUACAAUAUAACAAAGUAUAAAAUAUUUAUGAAAUGCAAAUUCACAGUAAUACUGAAUGGUAGAAAGUCUACUUAAUGUGUAAAUCAUAAACAUUACACUUUUGUGCUUUAAGGAAAAAGUCAGUGUUAAAGAAUUUAUUAAUAUCAGAGUGGAAGUGACAUGAGUUGCAAAGUCUGUAUGAAAAUGUCUGUUUGGAGAUACAUUUCUCAUAAAAUUUUAGGGGGAGGGUGGGUGAAAAUGUAGAUAUGCUGUGGUGUGAAGGAGAUCUUAUUUAAGUUAGUUGUGUAUGGUAAAUGGGAGAACCUGUGGUGCUGCAUAAUAUUUUGAAAAUGCAAUAUUAAAAUACUUGUGUGAAAUUUUAUGUCAACCACUUGUUGGUUGUGAUUAGUUUAAGAGUGUUGCUUUUAUAGAGUAAAAAGUCAUCCACUUCUUUCACCAUCUCCAACAAACUCAAAGGCAAAUUCAACACCAUUCAGGUGUUCAAGUUGUCAACCCACAGAACACGCUGUAUAUUACUUACUAUACUCUCCCACCCGCGCAUUAUCAUUGAAUUGAUGAAGGAAUUUUUGUGUAACAUACCUUGCAUAUAAUUCUCUUUUACAUCUCCCAAAGAGACUUUUUUUUUUCUUAUUCACCUUACACUGAACCACACAAAAUGCGGUAUUUCGAUAUUGUGUGUGCGUGUGCAUAAAGUGCGCGAGAUCAUUUCGCAAGAAGAAUGUUUUUUUUUAUGCAAUAUCUCUUAAAAGUGAGAAAAUUUUUCAAUUAAACCACCUGACGCAUCUGAUGGAAAGAGAAGACUGUUGCUUUGUCGGAAGGAUUGGAAGAAGAAAUUAGUUAUAUUUCUCAUCAAUGAACCGUGUGUGGUGAAGGUGUGUGUACAAGGAUUAAGUGGUUGCAAUGGCAGUACAUCAUGUGCAAAAAUCAUUUGAACAGUCCCUUCGUUCAUCGUCACCCUAUUCCAGCCUCUUGCCACCAAAUAUUCUCAAACCGGAAAUCCACAAAGGAUGCACCGGCAAAGCACAUGCAUGUGGAACGUUGAAAAUGAUGCGGAAUGGUGUGGCGAAAGGGAAAUUUGUCAAUGGGCAGGGAAAUAGGAAGAAUAGCCUAAGUUCAGAGACUGUGAGUGACAGUGGCUCAGAGAUAUCGUCACAGAAUUCCUUCAAUGGAACAAAUGGGACCCGCCGGCGGAAUGAUAGUGUCUCGGGGACGAAGGUAGAAGCGGCUAGAAGUCGUUUGUACAGUGAUGGUGACAAGGAGGAUUGUGACAAAGUGGAUUGCACACCAUCGACUUUCAAUCGCCUCCAACACAGUCAGAGCUUUCGGGUGACAUCGUCGCGCAAUGGAAGUAUAAAGCCCCCGUGGCAGAAUGUGUAUGGAAAGCAAUCCUCACCAACAAUCCCAUCGCUCCUUACCCAACCACGACAGAAUGGCGGCGUGGUACGGAGUUGUAGUUUCAACAGUCGAUACCGAAGCUCCUUCCGGCGACGCAACGAUACCGUCCAAUGGGCACAGGCAUGGGAAAAAUCAUUCACUCAACGGGGAGAUGGUGGAGUUUACAAAACCCUGGACAAAAUCAAAUUAAAUCAGACCAAAACAGAGGGUGACGAUGGUCCAUGGACGACAACAAAUGGUGAAAGUGUAUGGUUGGUACACCGUGGUGGCUUCUGUGCUGCCACACGAUUCUUGCAGAAGAAUCAAAGCGAGAGCAAUGGGAAGGUUCUCAUUGAAUUGCAACACAGUGGUGAGCAAUUGCAUGUGGAUGAAGAUGACAUUGAGAAGGCGAAUCCGUCGAAAUUGGAUCUCGUUGAGGAUAUUUGUCAACUGAAGCAUCUCAAUGAGGCAUCUGUGUUGCAUUGUAUACGUCAGAGAUAUGCCAGCAACCUCAUUCACACCAAAGCGGGACCCACUUUGAUGGUGGUCAAUCCCAUGGCUCCAUUGUCUCUCUAUUCAGAAAAGGUGGUAUCAAUGUUUCGUGGAUGUAAGACUGAGGAUAUGCCUCCGCAUGUGUAUUCAUUGGCACAAACCGCCUACAGGACAAUGCUUGAGACGCGACGUGACCAAAGUUUAAUAUUUAUGGGACGUUCCGGUUCCGGGAAGACAACAAGCUUUAAACACGCACUGUACUAUUUGGCUCUGGCUGCAGGUUCUGUGAACAAAUUACUGACUGCUGAAAAGGUGAACGCAAUAAAUACAAUUUUAGAGGCAUUUGGUAAUGCAAAGACCUGCAUGAAUUCAAAUGCAACGAGAUUUACCCAGAUCCUCAGUCUCGAUUUUGAUCACAGUGGGCAAAUUGCGUCGGCAUCUGUACAGGUGCUACUUCUUGAACGUAAUCGCUGUGGGAGACGCAAUGGAAGUGACUGCACAUUUCAUGUUUUGACGAGAUUACUUGCCGGAGCCGAGGGGAGUCUCCAGAAGGAGUUGCAUUUGGACAAUGUAUCAUCCGAUGAGGGUAAUCCGUUUGUCAAUUUGCCACAGAAAUUGGAGGAUAGGCAGAAGGCAUCGACGGAAUUUGUGAGAUUAGUUCAGGCAUUUGCCAUGCUCAAUGUUGAGGCAUCAUCUGUAAAAGCUCUAUGGCACGUUUUGGCAGCGAUUUAUCAUUUGGGUGUGGCGGGUGUUACCAAGAUUGGGGUUGGUGCCACAGCAAGGACACAAUUUGCCAAUCCAUCUGCAGCGCGGAGAGCUGCAACAUUGUUGGGAAUAUCCAUGGAAGAUCUUACGAGUGCCGCUUUUCAGAGUGGCAGCAGUAGUCCAGCAAGAUCGCCCACAGACAGUGCUGAUGCCUCAUGGGAUGGUUUGGAGGCACUUAUAGUGGGAUUGUACUCAGAAACGAUGGCGGCUGUUGUGAGUCUCGUAAAUAAAGCCAUUUCGACGUCAGCACACACAAUUGCAUCAAUCUUAUUGCUUGAUUCACCAGGAUUUCAGAAUCCUGCAAGUUGUGGCCAACAAGCUGGUGCAACAUUGUCGGAUUUACGCCACAACUACCUGCAAGAACGUCUCCAAUUGCUUUUCCAUCACGUAACAUUGGUAGCACCGCGUGAUCGGUAUGCCCAGGAAUUGGUGGAACUCGAUGGGGAGGGUGUUCCGGAGGCGAAUCCCGCGCAGUUGGUAUCGCUAAUCGACAAAGCGCCACAGAGUCAUGUUGUGCGAACAUCUCAGCGUGAUCUUCGCGAACAAGAUCGUCGUGGGUUGCUGUGGCUCCUCGAUGAGGAAUCAAUUUACCCCAAUUCAAAUGAUGAUUCAUUCUAUGAGCGUUUGUUCAAUCACUACGGUGAUCGUGAGCAUCAGAACUUACUGAGACGUGCCGGGGGGACACGUCAAUUCAUUUUGCAGCACCUACAGGGAACAAAUCCCGUGCUGUACUCCGCCACGGGAUGGUUGAAGGCUUCCAAGGAGCAUCCGGCAACAAAGGCAGCCACAACAUUGCUACAAGAUAGCUCAAAGGAGGACAUUAGUCGUCUAUUUAUUUCGGCAUUUGGUCGUGGCAAUGGGGCUGUAUUUUGUGGCUCAAUUGCUGGCAUGGAGGGAUCACAGUCACUACGACGUGUCUCGAGUAUUCGGAGAUCCUUCACAACGGCGGGAGUGAAGAGGAAUUCACUAAUGCUCCAAGUGAAGUUCACCGUUGAUGGCAUCAUUGAUACUUUCCGGCGGACUGGCACGCACUUUGUGCACUGUUUCAUGUUGCAGCAUAAUGCUGGCAUAACGUCAGCCAGCAGUCAGACCAGUCCGCAGCACACGAGUGAAGACAUUGUCAAUAUUCCACUUGUUAGGAGUCAGCUGAGAGGAUCACAAAUUCUCGAAGCAGCCCGAUUGCAUCGUCUUGGUUUCCCAGAGUCAGUGCCUCUGCACGAGUUUAUUCGUCGCUUUGGCCUCCUUGGGGAUGUUCAGGUGAAAGAUCAAACAGUCGAGCAGAUUCUGUCAUCAAAUGAGAUUGAUUCGUCGACAUAUCGAAUUGGACCGAGUCAGGUACUCUUCCGUUCGGGUGUUCUGGGUCAGCUUGAGGCGAAACGCGAUGAAUUGCUGUCUGACCGCAUCAUUCAAUUCCAAUCGUACUGCCGUGGCUAUCUGGCCAGACGAAGAGUUGCCCAUAGAAGAGUUCAGGAAUUGGCCGUAAGGUGUAUCCAGCGAAAUGUCCGGGCAUUCCUUAUGGUCCGUGACUGGCCGUGGUGGCGCCUUCUGGUACGAGUGACCCCAUUGCUCAAUGUACAUCGCACGGAGGAGCAAUUGAAAGCGGCCAACGAUGAAUUGCAGACGCUCAAAGCGAAAUUGGACAAAAUCGAGACAGAACGAGCUACACUCAAGGCAGAAAAUGAGAAAUUAGAGGCCAAGCUGUCGGAAAUGACUGUGGACUUGGCGGAGGAACGUUCAACGGCUAAUUUGGCCAGUGAACGUCUCGAGGCUGAGGCUGCGGAACGUUUGAAAUUGGAAAAGGAACUCCAGGAGCAACAUGGGAAGAUUCGUACAUUGCAGGAGACGUCUGAGAAAUUGGAAAUGGAGCUUAUUUGUGCCAAAUCCGAUCUCAAUGGUAUCUCGGAGGAUGAGGAUGGCGAUAAUGAUGAUGGUGCUGGUGGUGUCUACAAGUUGAAAUACGAACGUGUUGCACGUGAACUUGAAUUCACCAAGAGGCGACUACAGACGCAGCACGAGCACGACUUGGAGCAAUUAGUGGGAUUGAAGAAACAACUGGAAAAGAAACUGGCUGAUGCAUAUGAGGAGGUGGAGGAGCAACGACAAGUUGUUGGGCAGUGGAAGCGAAAGGCACAGAAGAUGACGAAUGAGAUGAAUGACUUGCGUAUGUUACUCGAUGAGCAAAAUAGUCGCAAUAAUUUGCUUGAGAAGCGUCAACGGAAGUUUGAUUCGGAGUGCCAGAGUCUCCAGGAGGGGGCAAGGCAGGAGAAGCAGGCAAAGGAUCGUUUGGGACGUGAAAAGGACAUUCUUAUUGCUGAAAAGUUCACACUGGAACAAACUUUGGGGGAUACGCGCCUUGAGUUAGAGCUCAAGGAGGAGAAAUUGGCCUCACUGCAGCGUGAAUUGGAGGAGAUGACAUUCGGUGGUGGAACUGAGGAGGAGGUUGCACAACUCAAACGUUCCAAGCUGGAAUUGGAGCGUAGGAAUAAGGAGCAAGAGGAGGAACUCGAUGAAAUGGCAGGACAAGUUCAGCUGUUGGAACAAGCGAAAUUACGAUUGGAAAUGACUUUGGAGACAAUGCGAAAGGAGGCACGAAGGGAGGCGCAGCAGCGUGAUGAUGAGCUCGAGGAGGCACGUGGGGCGUCGUAUAAGAAAAUAAAAGCACUCGAGUGUCAGUUGGAGACUGAGCACGAGGAGAGGACACUCCUUGUGCGGGAGAAGCAUGAGCUUGAGAGGAGAUUGGCGGCAGCGGCGGAGCAAGAUAGAGCCGACAGAGCUGCCGAGGAGUCAGCCAUUCAGAAGCUAAAGAGGGAUUUACGAAAGUACAAGGCACUCCUGAAGGAUGCCCAAUCACAGUUGGAACGUGCCAAGGCUGACAGUCCCGGGAAGAUACUCAUUCGGCAGUUGAGGAAUCAAAUUGAGGAUGCCGAAGCGGCGCGUACAAUUGCCGUGAAGGCCCGUCAGACGGCCGAAGCGGAAUUAACGGAUCUCCAAUCACUUCUCGAGGAGACCCAGCGUGCAAAGAGUGAUGCCGAAGAGAAGGCAAGUCAGGCGCAUCGAGAUCGAUCGGAACUUCAGGCACAAAUUGAGGAGAAUGAGGAAGAAAUGGGUGAACUCAUGAAGAAGUACACGGCUACGGUGAAGCAACUCAAUACGGAACAAAUGGCAUCAUCGGAGUAUGAAAUAAAGAUUAGCGAACUCGAAGCUGAGAAGAAUUCGCUCAAAGAACAAAUUGCCGAACUCACAGCAAGGGUGGAGAAUGUGGAGAAUAUGAGUGAUCCCUCGGCGAGUUUACUUACAAAACGUCUCGAAUUGCGCACGAAGGAGCUCGAGUCGAAGCUUGAACUUGAGCAGGCGACAAAGGCACGCAUUGAGGUGCAGUGCAAUCGACACAAGGAUGGUAUGGAGAAACUCCAGCAGGAGAUUAAUCUUUUGCGUGCCAAGGAGAUGCAAUCCCAGGAAGCACUUAAGAAAUCUCAAAAGACUUUACGAGAACUUCGGGAAGAGUUGCAUACAGUGUCAAAUCGAGAGCAGGAGAGUAUGGUGAAGCGGAAGGACUUGGAGAAGAGACUCGAGACGGUUGAGUCUGAAUGUGCCAGUUCAAAGAAUGAUCUACGACUGGCCCUGCUGAGAAUUGCGGAUCUGCAGACGGCAAUGGAGGAGGGAGAUGAAGAUCCAUCUGAUAGUGAUCAAGACAGUGAUAGCUCAGAUGAUUCUCUGAGUGAUUUGGAGCAACGACUUAAUCCAAUUCGGCCAAGACUCACAACACGAAUUGCUGCCAAGGAAACAAAUGGCGUGGCGGAUGAUGCCCUUGUUAUCCGUGAAGGGAGAUCAGACAACGGACCAAGGAUUUCUGUUGCCUUGUCACCAUCGUCAUCAACAUCCCAUGGAAAUGGUGACACGUCGUAUGCUUAGGAGAAAGGACUCUAUUAAUCGUAUAUAUAAUAAUAAACAAAUAUAUUUGACGUACAAUAGAAGAAAAGAAAAUCGUUUAAACUUUUUUUUUCUAUUUUACGUACUUUGGUAGAAUUAUUAUAUAUAUUACUUAAACAAGAAAAAAAUGCAACCAAGUAUAUAAAAAUAAUAUAUAAUGAAAUUUUAUUGUAGUUUUUUUCACGUAUAUAUUUAUUAGAACCUUGUAUCAAUAUAUUAGGUCUCUCCAUAUCGCCUCUCAAUGCUUAUGAACAAUUUUCUUUUUUUUAUUAUUACAAAAGAAAAAAAAAAGAAAAAAAGUCUUAACUAUUAUAUUGAAAAUAUUGAGUAUAACUUGUUAAUAAUUUUAUUUAAAUUUAUGUAAAUUCUAUAAAUAUUGUAAAAUUUUUACGCUCAACACUAUAUUUAAUUACAUCUCUUCAAAUUCAUUCUUUUUAUUUUUUAAUUUACAAAAAUCCGUCAAUUGUUUUUUUUUUCUUUAAUUAAAUUUAGUAGAAUAUUUUUCUUUUUUUCAAAGAUGGGAAAGAUGUUUUGUUUUUUCUUAGAAGGAAGGACAAUCCGAAGAAAAGGGCGGGGUAGUGAAUUGUGAAAAGGAAAGCAGUGCGUGUCAAAACAACGAAAACAAUCCGGCUCAUUGCAUAAUAUUGAUUGCAAAUGAAUAAAGAAAAAAAAUGUACAAAACGUUGUGAAAAUAAAACCCCAAAAAAGAGCUCUUUUUCUUUAACGUUGCUGUAUUGUUAAGAAAAAUUGAAGCUCAAUUUUUAUACGAAAAAAUAGGAAAAAAAGCUGAGAUAACAACACUACUAGUCCUUUCGUUGUGCGAAACAUUUAUUUUUUGUUUGCUUUUAAACACAUCAAACACCAUCAUCAACUUCAGCUCCAUUUACAUAGUUAUUGACACGUUUAACAAAGAAUUAAAAAAAAAAGAAAAGAAGAAAAGUUAAAGUGAAAGAAGAAUUAUUAAUUGAAAAAUUAAUUAAUUCAAAAUCAUCAUUCAUAUCAAGGCGAGAAUGUGUGUUGUUUACUGCAAAAGGUAUUUGUUGAAUUUCUCGUCUUUUUAAUUAAACAAAAAAUAUUAAUUUAAAUUUUUUAGCACCAUUUAUACGUUUUUGGCGUUUCAAUGUGACAAGAAAAUUAAAAUUUAAAAACUUAAUAAAAAAUAUUUGAUAAUGUAGCGAGAAAAAUAAUAACUGUAUAAUCAUUAGCUUAUUAAUUAAUGAAAGAAAAUUAUACAAGAUGAAAUAUUAUGGUAAAAAAAGCAUAAACCUAAUAUUGAAUGUAGUUUAAAUUAAUUAUUACAAAAAAAAUGUUAUGUAUAAUCCCAUUAAUUUCAUCCUCCUUUCCCUUUUCACCAAACUUCCACAUACAAAUGGUUUUUCUUUUUCUGAGAAGAAAAAUAAUAAAUCAAAAAAUAAUAAUAUAUAAAA